AUGGAAACCAAUAAUUACGUUGAGAGUUGGCAUAAUCAACUGAAAGCAACAUAUUUGCGAAGAAAACAGAAUAGAUUGAUUUUCAUUCUUGUGAAGGAUAUUGAAUAUGACUAUCAAAACAACGUGAAGAGGUUGAUGUUGAAUGUUGUACAACCCUUCUCGAACAGUGAUAUUUCCUAUCAAGUUGAAGUUGUUAAUCAUCAAAUGGCCGAAUGUUCAUGCAAAGACUUUAAAUACAACAGGAUUGCAUGUAAGCAUAUAUACCUUCUUCACCGUUUCAAGAACACGAUUCAACUCUACCAAGAGUUAAUUUCAGCUGAAGUUAAUGAGGAAACGGGUAUUAGUGAAGAACAAGAAGCAUCCACUUCCAUUGAUCGCCAAGAAGUCGACAAUUUGACGAAUAAGAUGGCCAAUUUGUUAGCUGUAUAUCGUGCAUACAAAGAUGAGCUACAAUUGUUAUGUGAUGAUGAACUUGCACAGGUCGAAUAAGGUGUUAAUUUAAUUAUGGAAGCCAUCAAUAGAAAUAGAAGCAACCAAAAUCGCCUAAAUCAAAAUUUCUCAACUCAAAGAAGAUAAUUGCACGUCUACAAAGCCUUGUUAGUUGUUUUCUUGACACUUCAACUGUUUAUUUAUAAUUCUUAUAUUGCAUCGCAACAUCUUAUUUGAAUAAACAUCUUGCAUCAGAAUAAAAAGAACUUUUUUUCUGCAACAUUCCAAUGAAAUGGAAUAUUACAGUGACCGUCUUUCUCUUAAAGUGUGAGCUCAUAAGUAAAACUUUCUUAUCCUGCACUAAACAAACUACGGAAAAAAUACCAAGCAAAUAAAAAUACGUUUUCUUAAGGAACAUCAAUAUAAAAUGAGUUUUUAUAAGGGGCAAAAAAGUGAUAAUAAUACUUAUUUAACGCUUUAUAUUUGCUUGAUUUUC